AUGGUCACCCCGAAUCUUGAUUCGGCCUCAGAAGCCGGCCAAUACCAGGACCAUCCAGACGCACCCCUGCCGAUCCCGGUGGAGCAGAGAUCGUCUUCAACGCAAACGAAAACUCAAGCCGAGAAUGAACACGACUACAACUGUGAAAGUGAGAGCGAAGCCGACUCCCAGCCAGCGCUGGCUCAAUCGGAACCCCGUCCUAUCGAGGAUGACGAAGACGACGAGGCCGUUAUUGCUGCAGCUGCGCGACCCCGCCGUGCAUGGCAGGUAUGGUGGUUGCGCAAUAAGGGUAUGGGGCUUGUCCUGCUGGCGCAGGCUUUCGCUGCCUCUAUGAAUGUCAUGACACAAGUCUUGGAGAUUCAUAGUGCGAUGCAUCCUUUCCAGAUCCUCUUCGCCCGCAUGUCUAUAACAGCAGUUGCAAGCUACCUAUACAUGUACAUCGCCUCAACACCCUCCCCACUCGGCACACGUCCAGUCCGCGGUCUCCUCCUCCUCCGCGCCCUCUUCGGCUUCAUGGGUGUCUACGGCCUCUACUACUCCGUCCAAUACCUCCCCCUCUCCGAGGCAACAGUAAUAACCUUCCUCUCACCAAUUAUCUCCUGCUACGCCUGCUCGCUCCUCAUUCCCGGCGAGACCUUUUCCCGGAAACAGCUCUUCGCCGGACUAGUCUCUCUCGGUGGUGUCGUGCUCAUCGCCCGUCCAUUCAGCAAACGCGACCCGAGCAUCUCAAUCGCUACCCCAACUGCCGCUGCCGCUUGGGCAUUAGGUAUAUCUGCUUCAACUGAUGAAAAGCCACCUUCCGAGACAGACUCCUACCACCAUGUCAUGGCGACAAUCGUCGCCUUGUUCGGCGUGGUUGGCGCUUCGGGCGCUUACACUUCUAUCCGUAUGAUCGGCCGUCGUGCGCACCCCCUCGUGUCCGUGACGUACUUCUCGUCCGUGACGACGGUUAUUUCGUUCGUUGCGAUGGCCAGCUUGCCUUCUGUGCCGUUCCGCAUACCUACCACGGCUGUGGAGUGGACGCUGCUAACGGGGUUGGGUGUCUGUGGGUUCCUGUUGCAGUUCUUGUUGACGGCGGGUUUGUCAUAUGUCCCGCCUGCGUCUGUCUCGGAUGGAAAGCCUGUAGCGCAGGGAGGGCGUGCUACGUCCAUGCUUUAUAUGCAGAUGCUCUUCGCAGUGUUUUAUGAUAAGGUUGUUUGGGGAAGUACGCUUAGUCCGAUUAGUUGGGUUGGAUCUGCGAUCAUUUUGGUCUGUGCGGUUUUUGUGGCUUUUUCGCAGGAGAAACCUGUUCAACGGGGUGGGAGUGGAAGUGGAGUGGAGGAGUAUCGUGAUGUGGAGGGAUACAAGGAUGCUGCUGACGAGGAGAGAGCGGAGGGGUCAGUGCAAGGGAAUUGA